AGUCUGAAAAGUGACAGAGUUUUCUAUUUUUAAAUGCGAUUCCAUAUAUAAAGAACAUGUUCACUGGCCACUGAGAUAAAUCCACCAGGUUUUUUUUCUCAAAUUUUGUUUCAGUUUUCAUCAUUUUCACGGGGUUCUUCCUGUUCUUGUUUUGUUGUUCUGAAUUCCAUGGAUUUCUUCUCUUGUUGAGCUAUUUCUAUUUGAACUCACAUUUCGGUUUCUGAAAUUACUCUGUUGAUUCUUACUGAGUUUGCCGUCUUCUUCUCAAUGCGUUUCGAGAUUUAAACGCAAAUUUUCAUGGAUAUUCCUUCUAUUAUCGUAAAUGCUGUGUUUAUUUUUGCAUUAUCGAUGUGGAUUUUGCUUCACUCGUGUAGACGAGAAGCAGAGAGUGGAAUCCCUCAAUCGAGAAACAGAGCAUUUCGAGAGUUUAAAUGGCUAACCAGCAUUACGAUCUUUUCUAAUGCUGUUCUUCCGUUUUGGUAUUCUGGAUUUGCUGCUUAUGAGUACUGGAAUCAUGGAAUCGUUGAUUGGGGAUUGAUCAUCUCAGCUUUAACGUGGAUUUUCGCCGCUGCGAUUGCUUUCUACUGGAGAAAUGGAACGAAUCAUCAAGCCAAAAGAUGGCCGUUGAUUCUAAUUGUUUGGUGGAUUUUCUCUUGUUUGUAUGGAUUAGGUUCUUCGAUUAUUUACCUGCUUACACACUUGAAAUCCAUGGAGUUUCCUCAUUUUCUUCCAAAAGCUACUGUUAUAGAUUUUGCUUCAUUCACUCUGUCUUUGAUCAUCUGCUGGACUGCACUGAUUGUUAACUAUCAUGAUAAACACAAUGAUCUUGAGAAAUCAUUGCUCCAAAAAGAGAAUGAUUCUUGUUCUGAAUAUGAUGGUGGGUUCAUCAGUCCUGGAUUUUGGAGUCAAAUUACAUUCCAAUGGCUAAACCCUCUCUUCAAAAGGGGGAGGAAUCAAAAACUUGAAUUAGUUCAUGUUCCUUGUGUUCCUCAAUCUGAAACAGCUGAAUAUGUUUCCUCCUUGCUGGAAGAAUCGCUUCAGAGAAAGAAAAUUGAAUCAUCUUCCUUGCCCAAAGCUAUAGUUCUUGCUACAUGGAAAUCUCUGGUUUUAACUGCAAUAUUUGCGGGAGUCAACACAUUAGCAUCCUUUAUGGGGCCUUUCUUAAUCUCCAACUUUGUGAAUUAUCUGUUGGGAAAAGGCGAUAAAUCAAGCAACCGUGAUGGGUUGAUUCUUGCAUUCUUCUUCUUCUUUGCUAAGACAUUGGAGUCUCUUACUCAAAGACAGUGGUAUUUCGGCACUCACCGUGUCGGUAUCCAGGUAAGGGCAGCUCUUACAGUGAUGAUCUACAAGAAAUCUAUAUCUGUUAAUGCUGCUGGUCCAAGUAAUGGAAAGAUCAUUAAUCUAAUAAAUGUUGAUGUUGAAAGAAUUGGAGACUUCUCUUGGUAUAUCCAUAAGAUUUGGUUGCUUCCUGUCCAAAUAGCUCUAGCACUUAUCAUUCUUUUUAGGAAUCUUGGAGCUGCUCCUUCCAUUACUGCUCUGUUAGCUACAAUAUUUAUAAUGGUAAGCAACACACCUUUAGCUAAUGUACAAGAAAGUCUACACUCGAAAAUAAUGGAUGCAAGAGACUCUAGAAUCAAAUUGACAUCAGAGACUCUAAAGAACAUGAGAGUCUUGAAACUUCAUUCUUGGGAACAGACGUUUAUGAAGAAAGUCUUGCAACUUCGAGAAGUCGAAAGGAGCUGGUUAAAGAGAUAUCUCUAUACAUGCUCCGUUAUAGCAUUUCUGUUCUGGGUUUCACCAACUUUAGUUUCAGUACUUACUUUUGGUGCUUGUGUUAUGGUGAAAAUCCCUCUAACAGCAGGCACGGUUUUAUCAGCCAUUGCUACUUUUAGGAUCCUACAAGAUCCAAUUUAUAACCUACCGGAGCUGAUUUCCAUGAUUGCUCAAACAAAAGUCUCCCUUGACCGUAUACAAGAGUUCAUUCAAGAAGAAGAUCAAAGGAAGCAGAUUUAUCAUCCUCCUUCCAGUUCAUCAGAUAUCGUGAUCGAAAUGGAGGUAGGGGAGUAUUUGUGGGAAGCGAGCGAUCUAAAUUUUAAGAAACCAACGAUUAAAGUUUCAGAAAAGAUGCAAAUACCAAAAGGUUACAAAGUUGCAGUUUGCGGGUCGGUCGGUUCGGGAAAAUCAAGCCUACUUUGUAGUAUACUGGGCGAGAUCCCACAGAUUUCAGGAACACAAAUGAAGAUACAUGGAACUAAAGCUUAUGUUCCCCAAAGUGCUUGGAUCCAAUCAGGCACUGUAAGAGAGAAUGUGCUGUUUGGGAAGGAGAUUGAUAAACAUUUUUAUGAGGAUGUGCUAGAAGCCUGCGCUCUGAAUCAGGAUAUCAAGCUGUGGCUGGAUGGCGAUUGCACCUUGUUGGGAGAGAGGGGUGUGAAUCUAAGUGGUGGACAAAAGCAGCGGAUUCAAUUGGCAAGGGCAGUGUAUAGUGAUGCAGAUGUUUACUUCCUGGAUGACCCUUUUAGUGCUGUGGACGCAUGUACUGGAACACAUUUGUUCAAGAGAUGUCUUUUGCAACUUCUGUCUAGUAAAACUGUUGUAUAUGCUACUCAUCACUUGGAAUUCAUAGAAGCUGCGGACCUUGUUCUGGUAAUGAAAAAUGGUCAUAUUGUUCAAUCAGGAAAGUAUGCAGAAUUAAUAUCAGAUUCGAACGGUGAACUUGCUAGACACAUUGCAGCACAUAGAAGAUCACUGAAUGGAGUUAAGCCACUGAAAGAAGAUAAACCCCAUCAUAAAAGACCAUGUAAGACACAUCAAAUAGAAGCUCUAGAUGAAAGUUCUUCCUUGUCCCUUGGAAAUGGUGGCCAUUCUGUGAGAGCUCAAGAAGAGGAAGCGCAAACCGGUCGAGUACAGUGGAGUGUCUACUCAACCUUCAUCACAUCUGCUUAUAAAGGAGCUCUUGUUCCUGUAAUCCUUCUGUGUCAAGUUUUGUUUCAAAUCCUUCAAAUGGGCAGUAAUUACUGGAUUUCUUGGGCAACAGAAGAAGAAGGCAAGGUCAGCAGAAAGCAGUUUUUCGUGACGUUCGUUUUGAUGUCCGGUGGGAGCUCCAUCUUUAUAUUAGGCCGUGCCGUUUUUAUGGCAACCAUCGCUAUCGAGACGGCACAACGAAUGUUUCUUGGAAUGGUGACAUCAAUAUUUGCAGCACCUAUUUCAUUUUUUGAUGCCAAACCUUCAAGCCAAAUCCUUAACAGGUCAUCUACUGAUCAAAGCACCUUGGAUACAGAUAUCCCUUAUAGAUUAGGAGGAUUGGCUUUUGCACUCAUUCAGCUGUUGAGUAUCAUCAUUCUGAUGUCCAAGGUUGCAUGGCAAGUUUUCCCACUCUUCCUUGUCGUCCUUGCUCUCUCUAUAUGGUACCAGGGAUAUUACAUCAGUACUGCUAGAGAACUAGCUAGAAUGGUCGGGAUUCGAAAGGCUCCGAUUCUUCAUCACUUUUCGGAAACAGUCGUUGGUGCAACAAUUAUCCGUUGUUUUAAUCAAGAGGAUCGUUUCUUGAGAAAAACACUGAAGCUGGUUGAUGAUUAUUCUCGUGUGGUCUUUCACAACUCGACUUCUAUGGAAUGGUUGUGCCUACGGAUCAAUUUUCUUUUCGACGUCGUCUUCUUUCUUGCGCUCGUCAUCUUAGUGACCCUUCCUAGAACAGCUAUUGAUCCUAGCUUAGCAGGAUUAGCAGCCACAUAUGGUUUGAACAUGAAUGUGCUUCAGGCUUGGGUGAUAUGGAAUUUAUGCAACGUUGAGAACAAAAUGAUAUCUGUUGAAAGAAUUCUUCAGUUUACGAACAUCGCUUCGGAAGCACCACCGGUUAUCGAAGAUUGUAGGCCGCUGCCGGAAUGGCCAACGGAGGGAAAGAUAGAACUUGAGAACCUCCAUGUCCAAUACCGUCCUAAUCUUCCAUUGGUUCUCAAAGGGAUCACUUGUACCUUCCCAAAAAGGAAGAAGAUUGGAGUUGUUGGCAGGACAGGAAGUGGUAAGUCCACCUUAAUUCAAGCACUUUUUAGAGUGGUUGAGCCUUCUGCUGGAAGGAUUCUCAUUGAUGGAGUUGAUAUUUGCAAAAUGGGUCUGCAUGAUCUGAGGUCUAAGUUGGGUAUCAUUCCACAAGACCCAACAUUGUUCCAAGGAACCAUGAGAACUAAUCUAGACCCUUUGCAACAACAUAGUGACCAAGAAAUAUGGGAGGUCCUUCACAAGUGUCGGUUCGCCGAGAUCAUCCAAACAGACCGAACAGUUCUUGAAGCGCCAGUUGCUGAAGAUGGAGAGAAUUGGAGUGUUGGACAGAGGCAACUUGUUUGCUUGGCUAGGGUGCUUCUCAAGAAGCGUAGGAUUCUUGUGUUGGAUGAGGCAACAGCCUCCAUUGAUACUGCAACAGAAAACAGAAUUCAGGAAACGAUAAGAGAGGAGACGAAUGGAUGCACGGUCAUUACCGUGGCUCAUCGAAUCCCGACAGUCAUCGACAAUGAUUUGGUUUUGGUUCUUGAUGAAGGCAAGGUGAUCGAGUACGAUUCACCGUCUCGAUUACUCGAGAACAGUUCUUCUAUGUUUUCGAAGUUGGUGGCAGAAUUCUUGAGGAGAUCAUCCAACAGUCGCUCAUAGUCGAUGGGGACUUUCGCCAACCGAACCUGAAGUUCAUGACUGAUUGACUUGCACACUGCUACUAACUGCAUAGGCUGGAGAUUUGUAAAGUAAGAAACUUGAUACUCAUCCUCUGAAGCAAUAGCAGAUCCAAGCAAAUAGAUUGACAAGCUUUCUACCAUUAGUUGAUAAGAUAGAUACAGAGCCUUAGGUAUUAACCAUAGUCUUCCCCUCUUAUUGUUGUUUUGAUGUAAUUGAAAGCAUGUUUCAUUUCAUCAUAAUAAAAUUUUUAUGCCACAGAGCAGUUGAUGAUA